CAGGGAUUGUCGACAAGCGUGCCGCGAGAACUCUUACAGCGGGAGUCCUGAUCGUAUGUAUCUAAGAUCAGGAAGGGCUCUCUUGGACCGGGAGCUGUGCAGCCCGCACCGAGAGUAGGAGGGUGCCCUCCCAAGCAGCAGGCGCCCCGCCCCUUCCCCCACGAGAGCCCCGGAGCUGCGAGCCAACUUCGGCUCGAGAGGGGAGCGCGCCUCUCCUGGACCACACACUUGCCUUUACGUGCUCCCCUUCCCGUCCCUCCAUAUCCUUGAUCCGCCAGGGGCACCGCCGAGAACAUCCGAUACAAUAGAGUCCAUGAUUGGCCGAUGCUGCGCCCUCCUGCUCGUGCCAGGCCUCCUCCCUGGGCGGGCGGUCCGCGUCCAGAUGGGCGGGCCAUCCCAGGCGGCGCCCUCCACUGUCGCUGGCACGCGUAUGCUGGACGAGGCCGAGAUGGGAGGGCUACGACCGCUGUUCGUCGAUGCAUUCUACGAUCACGCGAAGCCGGUGGCGCACGUGAUCCUGAACAUGAAGUCGUUCGUGGAGCCGACCGUGGCCGCGGCUCGGGAGUGGGGGCCCGGCACGCGUUGGGCCUGCCAGUGGGCAGACCCCGGCAGCUCUCGGCUGAGCAGGAGUACGGCCUUCGUGGCGGGGUACACAAACGCGGAUGCCCUGACGGGAGCCGUGUCCAGGGCUGCUCACCCAGUGAAUGCCAGCGCGGAGGCCUCCUUCACGGACCAGAACCACCAUUGGGCCCUGGUCAUCUCCUGCCCCACUUCCUCGUUAUUGGCCAACUCGUCGACCGCGGUUCUCAAUCUGCUCGGGCAGCGUGAUGAACAAGUGGUGUACAGUCGUGCUGCCAUUCCUGUGAGUAGAUCGCGGUAUGUACAAUCUGGUGUUGAUUUCGCUUUGUGCACAAUGGUCCAACGAGGAAGUCUCACAGGAGCAGAAUAUUUACAGCCAUGGGCACAGUACAAUUUGGCACUCGGGUUCUCUCAAUUGCUUGUUUAUGUCGAGGAGGCGGACUCCGCUUGGGUUGAGAAGGCGCUGCACAAGGACAUCAAGAAUGGCCAGGUGACCAUUGUUCCGUUCUACUUCGGCAACGUUUCAGAACAAAGAGUCUUCCUAAUGCAGGGCGCCAUGGAAAGUCACUGCCUCUACCAAGCGCGGGGAAUGGCGAAGUGGAUGGCCCACGCAGACAUCGAUGAGUACUUUGACUUCCUGCGACCUGGUGUCAACCUGAGCAAUUAUCUCUUCCCUGAUACAGACAGCAAGGACGUUGCGCUUGUGGUGAGGAGCAAAUUUUGGGGAACCAUCCCGGACUCCAGCCCGGUGGCCUCGCGAUUCCCGUGCAACAUCAAUGGCGUAUCGAUGUACACUCACGAUGUCGGGAAGAGAAGCAAAGUCAUCAUGCGGCCAGAGUACAUUGAUGGGCUUUUCCCACACUUCGUCGUCAAAAGGUCCGGCUAUACAGAGUUGCACCCGGAUCCAUCUGUUGAGUUGCGUUUGAACCACUUCAAGUCUUGUGACGCUAGAGGUCAAGGAUGUUACGGCACGGUUCAGCAUACUUGGAAAAGCGAACACAAGAAGCUUCUCGACGACGGGAACGAUUGGAAAGAUCGGUGCGAAGCUCUACUAGGCGCUACAAAAGUACACUGACGAGCUGACGAGAUCGCGUGUAUGCUCCAUCCACAGGUGUGGAAACAUUGCACGCCCACCGGAGCGCCUUGAUACAUGUGCGCCCGCCUAGGACAGCGCGCCUGCCUUCCGUAUGAACGAUCCCUCAUUCCGCGUGGAGAAGUGAGGUGACUGUAUCGUGUGUACGUACCCUGCGAACAUAUGAGGUGUCAGCGCCCACAGGAGCGCCUUGAUAGAUUUGUGCCCGAUCGGGGGCCCGCGCGUGUGUCCCCGUCAGCGAUCUCUCCUUCCGCGUAGAGAAGUGAACUGAUUUCGUCGAGUGCAUACUCCCUGCAA